GGCUGUGGACCGACGAGCUUGUGUGUCGUUAUUAGCUGCCAGAGAAACAGACAAAGAAACCAAACGGAGGAAAAAAAACAACGUUGGAAGACACGCCGUUAAACAUGGGCCCGCCGGGAGACAGACCGCACCACUUGUCGAAUGAAAGAACGGAGGACCUCAGCUGGAUUGUCGACUUAUCUUGACAUGGCAUGCGGCGGGGCCACUCGGAGGUUGUGACGACUGAAGUGAAGAAGAGGAAGAAAAACAAGCGCAGCGAACACCACGGAACUUCAGAGUAGCCGGCCAGCGGUUCAUUUCGCCACUCCGUCGGCUCGCCCUGGCUGAUUAUUCUGUCCGCGUAGUUGUUGACGACUGAAGCAGGUUAUACCGAGCUCAAAAAAAAAACAAAAAAACAAAAAUGCUGAGCACAGGCAAACCCAGCUAGUCGGUCACCCCCGCAGGUCCGUGACUCUCACCGCACUGGCACUCGCGUUGACCCGAGCGAGAUGUAAACGCGUGGGAAGAUGACUGCACGCUAGCUAGCCGACCGCACCACGGGCCUCGAUUACGCCAGUCAGUCGGAAGAUAAGAUGUAGCUAUCUCGUCGGCUCACUACUAGUUAGUGUCGGGAGUGAACGCCUAGGUUAGCCUGCUAGCUCGCGAUAGCUAGUGUGCUAAAAAUACGCCCACACCAUGACUACCAGCGGUGGCAGCGCCGCGGGGCCGCGGGCCGCAUGAGCGACGGCAGAAGUCGAGGAAAUGUCAGGUUACUUUGGCAGUAGUCUUCGAUGUUACCCGGUGCCCACGUCUCGUGGCAUCUGUAUUUACCUGCCAUGUUCGUCUGCAUCCCCGAUCCGCCUGUAACGCGCACGUAGCGAAGUCUCCACGGAGAAGCAGCACACGACGACAGCCAUGGACGAGAGACUUUGAAAUGACCCAAACUCUAGGAUAUUUGUCUGCUUGCUAGUCUCUGUAGUCCUCAAAGUCACUAGCAAAGAAACACAUUUGCCGGUAUGGAUUUUUGUAGUAGUAGCAGCAGUUUCUGUUGAUUUUCGGUAACAUUUCUCAGAAGAGUUAGUCACAUUUGAGUUGCUGUUUCAUUUAAAGUUCCCUUGUAGAUGGCGGGUUGACGAAGAAAAAAAUCCCAUAUGGCUUAACGUCAUGUCUUAAAAACAUGGAUUUCUGAUCACGUAAUUAGGAGAUGUAGUCUUAGCUGGUUGAUCAUUCCCCUCCUCAACACUGCCCUUUUACAAAAAUUAAAAUGACUUAGUCUUGUUUCUGAUUGGUUGACCUUUUCAGUUGGUAGUUAAUGGGUAUUUCACAGAUCAAACCUCGACGGGUUUUGAUGGGUUGUUUCUGCCGAGGGUAGCUCUAACUCCAUCCUUUUAUCCAACGUAUGAAUACAAAAGAAGAGUGUUGCCCAAAUAUUCUGCACAAAAACGAGAGCAUUGCCAUCUAAAUCUAACCAUGGGGGACCCAACUUCACGAAGAAAUCAAACAAGAAAUCGACUUCGAGCUCAGCUUCGGAAGAAAAGGGAAUCUUUGGCUGAUCAGUUUGACUUCAAGAUUUAUAUAGCCUUCGUUUUCAAGGAAAAGAAGAAGAAGUCUGCACUCUUUGAGGUAGCUGAAGUGGUGCCAGUGAUGACCAACAACUACGAAGAAAAUAUCCUACGAGGUGUGCGGGAUUCCAGCUACUCUCUCGAGAGUUCGAUAGAACUCCUGCAAAAAGACGUUGUGCAACUACACGCCCCCCGAUACCAGUCAAUGCGAAGGGAUGUGAUAGGCUGCACCCAGGAGAUGGACUUCAUCCUGUGGCCACGCAACGAUAUCGAGAAGGUUGUCUGUCUGCUGUUCUCCAGAUGGAAGGGGGCUGAUGAUGAACCCUUUAGGCCUGUUCAGGCCAAGUUUGAAUUUCAUCAUGGAGACUACGAGAAGCAGUGCUUGCAUGCUUUGGGUCGUAAAGACAAGGCUGGAAUGGUCAUGAACAACCCAACUCAGUCUGUAUUUCUCUUCAUGGAUAGACAGCACUUACAGACUCCUAAAACCAAGGCCACAGUUUUCAAGUUGUGCAGCCUCUGCCUGUACUUGCCCCAGGACCAGCUGACCUGCUGGGGUGUCGGAGACAUCGAGGAUCACCUCCGCCCAUACAUGCCUGAUUAAGGCUUCCAGCUCCACCCAGCCACAUAGGGAAAAGCCCUUCCCCCUUCCUCCUGCCUAAGCCUUCAGAAGCAAAUUGAUGUACUCAUCUCCACCAUUUCCUUUUAAAAGAUGUGAACUUGUGCUUGGAUCUCUCCCUUUUCCCCCUUUUUAGUUACCUUCUCGUUCUCCCCUCCCAGGCCUGAGGCUGAUUCAGUUCCCAUCCUCAUUUUUCCUCACACUCCCAAUGUUUCCCCUCUUCUCUUUGCCAUCAUUUUUGUUGGUUGCCCCAUUUUUCUUUUCCUUUUUCUGUUUUGUUUUGGUUUUUCCCUCCCUCUUUAUUCCCUCCUACUCACUCAUCCAUUCUUGUUAAUUUGAACCUGCACGAACAUUGAUUUUGAGUGGUUGGUUGUUCUCUUGGAGCCGCACUGUCAACAGCACCGGUCAUUGAAGGAACUCUUUAUGUUGCAUCAGAACAGGAACAAACAAUACCCAGGUCUUCACGGUGGUUCUCAGAUGGACGUGUUUUAUAUCCUUGUUGUCAUAAGAAAGGAUCGUUAAAGCUUGUUUGUAAUGUCAUUGGGGUUUGUAGAACAACUUUACACAUUCUUUUGACCAAGGACAGGUGUGAAUGUGUCAAAACACCUGUAUACGCAAAUAUAACAGGAUGAACAAUAUUUUUGUCAAAUCAUAUGGUGUAGGACUUGCUUUUCAUUAACUGCCUUAGUUUUUUUUUUUCCCACUGGACAUAAGAUGUUAUGGUGUCUUUUGCUUUCCUCUGAAAAAUGCUAGGCAGGCCUUUGCUAAAAUCUCAAGUGACUUGAAAAGGCAUUGUACACAAAGUUGAGACAUGUUGGUUAGAUGUUGAAGGUCAUUGUCACAUUCAAGCCGCUCAUGCACUAUUCAAGCUACUGAAAUCUGAUGUUUUGCGUUUUGUUUUAUUCGGGGUGUGGGUUGGUGAGAGACUGAAAUGUGGUGUAAGAUUUAAUGUUUAACAUACCUAACAAAAUUGCUGAAAGCUAACAGAUUUUAGUUUAAUUUGACCUAGUAAAAUUAAGAUAUGUUCCUGCCAUGCUCAUCAAAAUAAAAUUGGGUUUCGCAGGCUUGCUUGUCAAAGAAUAAGUACAUAGUACAUAUAAUUUUGUUCAUUGUUGAUUCAGUGUGUUCAGUUCAAAGAUUAUAAGGCGUGUAACUUGUUUUUCUUUCUGUUGAUGAUUCUCAAAUCAAUACUGCUGAGCAUAUCCCAAUACAUUGCAAAUUCUGAAAGCAUAA